AUGUCCGCCAAAGCAGUUCGCGAGUACGACGGAAAGCUGUUGCUGGCACACUGGCUUCUUCGCACACCCGUCCCAGCCUCCAGCGUUUCUGCAACUGGAUCCAAGUUUGUCCAGCCUCCAACACGCCUGGCUCACAUUAGAAUUGACACUGCCCUCCUGAACACGGAUAAGGCCGUCUUCGCUCAGCAUGUCCAUAAGCUGCUUGACAACUUGGAGCAAAUCCAUCCUUGGCUGUUGACGGCUAAAUUGGUCGCUAAGCCCGAUCAAUUGAUCAAGAGACGCGGCAAGAGCGGAUUGUUGUUGUUGAACGCAGACUGGCCCCAAGUCAGGACCUGGAUCAGCGAGCACGCCGGCAAGGAGGUCAUUGUCGAUAAUGUUGGUGGCGUUCUUAAGACAUUCUUGGUCGAACCCUUCAUUCCUCACCCCGCCAACACCGAAUAUUAUAUCUGCAUCAACUCGGACCGCGACGGCGACAAUAUUCUCUUCACACACGAAGGAGGAAUCGAGGUCGGUGAUGUUGAUGCCAAGGCCCUGAAGCUUCAGGUCAAGAUCAACGACAUCUUCCCCGCACCUGUAACCAUCAAGGGCGCGCUUUUGACUCACGUUCCUGAAACCAAGCACGACGUCCUCGUCGACUUCAUCACACGCCUCUAUGCCGUCUAUGUCGAUCUCCACUUUACAUAUCUCGAGAUCAAUCCUUUAGUCGUCCUGGAUCCCACUCCUGAACAUCCCGCACAGGUCUACUACUUGGAUUUGGCUGCCAAGGUUGACCAGACUGCUGAAUUCGAGGCUGGACCCAAGUGGGCAUUUGCCAGAGCUCCUCAGAACAUUGGGUUGGCCGCUGGCAUUGUUCGAGGCGUCGAUGCCGGUCCCCCAUUGGAUUUCCCUGCCCCAUUCGGCCGAGAAUUGACCAAAGAGGAGGCAUACGUUCAGGAGUUGGACUCCAAGACUGGUGCAUCUCUUAAGCUUACGAUCUUGAACAAGGAUGGCCGCAUUUGGACCAUGGUCGCAGGAGGAGGUGCUUCUGUUGUCUACAGCGAUGCCAUUGCUGCCUUGGGUCAGGCGAGUGAGCUCGCCAACUAUGGCGAGUACUCUGGAGCACCCACGGAGACUCAGACCUAUGAAUAUGCCAGGACUAUCCUCGAUCUCAUGACUCGCUCCCCGGUGGCACAUCCUCUUGGAAAGGUUCUGAUUAUCGGAGGGGGCAUUGCCAACUUUACCAACGUCGCCUCCACUUUCAAGGGUAUUGUCCGUGCUCUAACCGAAUUCAAGCAGCCUCUCAUCGUUCACAAAGUCCGCAUCUUUGUCCGCCGUGGUGGUCCAAACUAUCAGGAGGGUCUUCGUUCGAUGCGUCAACUCGGCGAGACUUUAGGAGUUGAGAUCCAAGUCUUUGGCCCCGAGACCCACAUCACCGAGAUCGUGCCCCUGGCUUUGACUGGAAAGACCUCUGGACUGGAUCAAAGCGGGGCUGCCACUCCCAGCGCCACAUUGUUAUCUGGAAACCUGCUCCAAGACCAGCUCUUGGGCGGCAACACACCACUUAACGGUGGAUCGCGUGCCUCCUCGCCACCACCUCUGGAAGACAGAAUGACCUACUUCCAGGACCAGAGCGCUGAGAGUGCAGAGAUUGGUCGCGACGAGAACACGCCCUUCACCGCACAUACUCGCUCGUUUAUCUAUGGAAUGCAACCUCGUGCUGUACAAGGAAUGCUCGACUUUGAUUUCAUCUGCAAGCGUGAGGUCCCCUCUGUGGCAGCCAUGGUUUACCCCUUUGGCGGUGCUCACGUCCAAAAAUUUUACUGGGGCACCAAGGAGACCCUUUUGCCCGUGUUUACUUCCUUGGAUGAGGCCAUUGCCAAGUUCCCCGAGGUGGAUACCGUUGUCAACUUUGCAUCUUGCCGAUCGGUCUAUGAUUCUACCCGCGAGAUUUUCAAGCACUCGAAGCAAAUUCGCACCAUCUCAAUCAUUGCCGAGGGUGUGCCAGAACGUCGCGCCCGUCAGAUCUUGUGGGAGGCCAAGGAACGCAACGUGUUAGUGAUCGGACCAGCGACUGUCGGAGGUAUUAAACCCGGUUGCUUCAAGAUCGGAAAUACUGGAGGCAUGAUGGACAACAUUGUCUCAUCUAAAUUGUAUCGGCCUGGAUCAGUCGCCUACGUGUCCAAAUCUGGUGGCAUGUCGAACGAGCUGAAUAACAUAAUCUCUCGCACAACCGAUGGCGUCUAUGAGGGUGUCGCCAUUGGAGGUGACCGCUAUCCAGGCUCGACCUUUAUUGAUCAUUUGCUUCGUUACGAAAAGGACCCUGGAUGCAAAAUGCUGGUCUUGCUGGGAGAGGUCGGAGGCGUGGAGGAGUACAGGGUUUGCGAGGCGAUCAAGAACGGCACGAUUCGUAAGCCUGUUAUUGCCUGGUGCAUCGGUACCUGCGCCAAGAUGUUUGCUACCGAGGUUCAAUUUGGGCACGCUGGUGCCCUUGCUCAGUCUGAUCUGGAGACUGCAGAUGCCAAGAACCGAGCCCUUCGUGCGACUGGUGCGAUUGUUCCCGAGACCUUCGAGAAGCUACCUUUAGUUCUGAGCCAGACUUAUCAGACCUUGGUUAAAAAGGGUGCUAUUGUCGUUCGCUCCGAGCCCGAGACACCCAAGAUCCCCAUUGAUUAUUCUUGGGCUCAGGAGCUGGGCUUGGUCCGCAAGCCCGCUUCGUUCGUCUCCACUAUCUGCGAUGACCGUGGACAGGAACUACUUUAUGCCGGUAUGCGCAUCUCAGAUGUUUUCAAGGAGGACAUUGGAAUCGGUGGCGUUCUCUCGCUGCUGUGGUUUAAGCGUCGUCUGCCAGCCUAUGCUUGCAAGUUUAUCGAGAUGGUCCUCAUGCUGACAGCCGAUCACGGCCCUGCCGUUUCCGGAGCCCAUAACACAAUUGUCACUGCCCGUGCUGGCAAGGAUCUGGUCUCGUCUCUCUGCGCUGGUCUCCUUACCAUAGGAGAUCGCUUUGGAGGCGCCCUAGACGGUGCUGCUGAACAGUUCUCAUCUGCUUAUGACAAGUCGCUUUCCCCUCGUGAGUUUGUCAAUUCGAUGAGAAAGCAGAACAAAUUAAUUCUCGGUAUCGGACACAAGAUCAAGUCGAGGACAAACCCGGAUUUACGUGUCGAGAUCAUCAAGAAUUACGCCAAGGCGCAUUUUCCCUCGACCCCAGUCUUGGACUAUGCUCUAGCUGUGGAGACGAUCACGACGUCCAAGAAGGACAAUCUAAUUCUGAACGUUGAUGGUGCGAUUGGAAUUCUGUUUGUGGAUCUGUUGAGGCACUCGGGUGCUUUUACUCGCGAGGAAGCGGAGGAAUACAUCAAGAUUGGAACCUUGAACGGUUUAUUCGUCUUGGGGCGUUCGAUCGGAUUUAUUGGACACUUCCUGGACCAGAAGAGACUGAAGCAAGGACUGUACAGACAUCCUUGGGAUGAUAUCUCAUACUUGACUCCUGGCAAUGAGCUGGGCCGCACGGUUGCGUCUCUGGAUUCCAUCAACAAGAAGGCUGCUUAA